CGCAGUUGCUGUCUGUGCCGUCCCUUUACGCAGAAAGCAUUACGCAUCAGUGGACUAUAGAGCGAGGACGCCGCACAUCACGGCACGUUUCCGUCCAAAAAGUGUUGUAGCCUUCAUCAACUGCACUGCUUUGGAUCUUAAGACAUUCUCGUUUUCCGAGAAGUGUGGACAACUACUUCUCAUCCUCGUUUUCUACCCUUGGAUUUAAAGCUCCCGAAAAGCGCACUCUUUAACAUGCAAGUCGGACGCAAAUCGUGUUGGAGGCAAUUGCAGGCUUCGUUUUUCAGACUGCUUUGUCUUAUCCCCACAGGAUUCCCCGUCCGGAGUGUGGAUAUGCAGCGGGCCACCGACAACAUCACAAUCCGCCAAGGCGACACAGCGAUAAUAAGGUGUUAUGUGGAUGACAAAGUGUCCAAAGUGGCCUGGCUCAAUCGAUCCAACAUCAUCUUUGCCGGCCAGGACAAGUGGUCUCUGGACCCCAGAGUAGAUCUGGUCACUAAAGGACAGCUUGAGUACAGCCUGCGCAUACAGAAGGUGGAUGUGUAUGAUGAGGGGUCAUACACCUGCUCCAUACAGACAAAGCAGCAGCCCAAGACCUCACAGGUCUACCUCAUUGGGCACCAUCAGGGCCGGCGACUGCUCAACCCCUCAGCAGAGCCAUUGGACGGAGAGGAAUACCUGGACAUUAUAGGUAUCAUGCGAAACCAAGCGGGUCGUUAUGAAUGCAAGGCCAGCAAUGACGUUGCCACACCUGAUGUCAAAUACGUCAAUGUGGUUGUCAGCUAUCCUCCAACAAUAAAGAAAACCCAGAACUCAGAGACUUCAGUGGGUCGCCUGGGGACACUGCAAUGUGACGCCACGGCUGUGCCCACGCCAGAAUUUGAAUGGUACAGAGACGAAAAAAGGCUGUCCAAUGCCCAAGGCAUCAAUAUCCAGAUUCUUGGCACGACAACUAUUCUCAUGAUUGCCAACGUCACCGAAGAAGAUUAUGGGAACUAUACCUGUGUGGCCUCGAAUCGACUGGGCGUCCAGAAUGCCAGUCUUUUCCUCUACAGACCCGGGACAGGUCGUGAUAUCAACGGCUCUGCCUCUGUAUCUCAAUCACUGUGGCUCCUGUUGGCCUGCUUCGCCUGCCUUUUGUUCAAGUGUUAAUACCGCUGCCAUCCUCUUCCUCUUGUGCCCCCUCCUGGCCUUCCUUCGUCCUCUUCCUCCUCGUCUCCAACUCACCGACAUCCUUAUUGCUACCUUAUUACCAACUUUUACGCCCCCCAGACUGUUUGCAUCAUGAUACAAAAACCUUAUGUGCUCCCGAGCACUGCUUACAGAUAUAACGAAAAACAAUGGGUCAUGAAUAAAAUGUUAGAACAACAAAAAAAAAACAAUGAAAUGAAGGACAGAACAAGCAAACAGUGCUCUUUUGAAUAAUUGCAUUGUUGUUUCAAUUAGUAUGUAUUCUUUUUUUGUUCUGCUAUAUCUUGUCUUUGGGGUCUGGUCAGGUUUGAGAAUUGUUUUUUUUUGUUUUCAUGGGAACGCAGAGGCACCCGCUCACAGUGAUGCUAACAAUCAUUUGUCUCGAGAAGUACUGAAGACAAAAGGUAUAUUCCUCCUUAGUCCCAUAGAUGAAUUAUGUUAACUUAAAUUGUAGAUUUAACCAAGUGUUUAACCAGUGCAUUAACGAGCAACAUGCAAAGUACCUGCCAAAUAUCCAUAAACUAUAUAGAUUUGAAACUAACACAAACAGAAUCAAAAGGAAAAUACGGCGGCUGAUUCUGUUCUGGCAUUAGAGCUUGAUAUUAAAGUCUGUAUGCGUGAAACAUAGACAGAGCAUUAGCCUGAUGUCUCUCUAAUGACAUUGUUUCUAGAUGCAGCAGUCACUUGGGUCGUUGCUGUCAAGCCCAGAAAUCGAGGAUGCAGUGAAUAGAAUCGACUUGAUCCUACAGAGCUAAACAAUGUGGAGUACAAAACUGAGGAAAUUAGUUUAUCUGGUAAUAAUAGCCUACAUCUUCAUUCUGUGUUUUUUGCAACUCCUCGCCUUUAUUCCAAAAGUAUUUCUCUUGUCUUUUGCAGCAAGAAAAGAAACACAGUAGGUUAUAAUGAUGCGUACUGUACAUAGUAAAAUUUUGUAUUUCUCUAUGAUAACACAACUUAUUCAACCACUGUAACAAUAGGAAACAAACAACAUUGUUUUUUGACCGCCAACCAACCAUUCUCUGCAGUUUGUCUCUGCUCCUCAGCAGGCUGCAUGCUGUACCACCAGGAUCAUUCUUCUAUACUGCUGAGAUUUGGAUAAAAAUGUAUGACACCAAUGAAUGACUUACUUUUUAGUUUUUCUCUUUCAAAGAAGUAUGCGUGUUUUAAUAUGAAAUGAUACAGAAAAAAUGCAUAAUAUGUUGAUAUUGAGGUUAUUUUUUUCUGUCUUUACCUCAUUCAUUUUAGUUGUGUAUAUAUAUAUACUUGAAUCCAAUGUCCUUAUAUUAUAUGAAGAGGCAAAUUCUAUGUGUCCAUGUUUCUGAAUAGGGUAGCAAUUUGUUGAGGUUAAAUAACUUUUAGGUUACUUGGACUGGCAACCCUGCUCUUUCAUGUGAACCGAAGCCAAUUAGAAAAAAAUACAGUUUUUAAAAAAGCAUAAAAAGAAGAUAGUAUUGUGCGAUUGUUAUUGUACCUACCCUUGAGAUGAUUCAAGUGCUGGCUCGUAGGAAAUGGAAUACUAUGAUUAGCUUGGCUUUACCACCAAGUAUUGAGAAUCAUCAAACAAACGAAUGCUCAUCAAGCUCAAUGACCACCAAGGUCACUGUGAUGAUGAGCAUCUUUAACAAAAGAACAGCAUUAUAUCACAUGUCCUACUAUACGUUCUGUCAUCACACCUCGCCAAUCACUGACUUUAUUUCUUUAUGAAAAAAUUGAUAAAUGUAUCAAUAUUUUAUAAAACAAGAAGACCUUUCAAGCAGUGUGAUCCUUUCAGGAACCUAUCGAGACGAGAAAAAGCUGAAAAUGGCGCACUAUUUGCUACCUUCUUUUUGCCAUUUAUUUUUCACCUACAGCGAGGUGACUAAAAGCUUAUGAUCUCCAGCUCAGCUCCUCUACUGGAUGGUCGUUCACCUCUCCGCUCUUCUAACAACCAAGCCGAGAUAGCACUAGUACUGUAAAACACACAUGUAAUUAAUGUCAUCCUUGUCAUACAUUAAAGAAAUUAUCCCCAGUGUUUUGAUUGUAAAUGCUUCUGAGGCCAUGGCUGUGUGAGUGCGUAGUGUUGGUAAUGCCAUCUGAUCCAGUCUAAUUCAUGUGGGCCAAAUGGUAGAAGUAGAACUGAAAAUGAAGGCCACAACUCCAAUAAAAGUUGAAGCAUUUAAACAGGUAUAACAACAUUUCUUUACCUCUAUCAGUCAGAACACAAACAAUCAAAUUUGUCAGUCUAGGAAGGGAUAAGAAAGAAGUUUUUUUCUGUCAUCAUCCUUCACGUUUUUUUAUUGAUUUUCUACGACUGAACAACUCUGGUGUUUCCACUUUGACGUGGAUUAACUUUACUUCUAGAAUCUUUUCUACUACAGUGGUAUUUCUGCAGACUAUUCCUACUUGUUGCCUCUGGCAACUUUGUCAGCAACGGCUUCUUCUUAACUGAAGCAAGAAGUGGAUGAUCUGGAAGCUGUGGUGAAAGUAGAUUGUCAUGAUCAGUUUGCAUGAGAGCGGUCUGUGCUACAUGUCUAUAUCUGUCUUGCUAUGUGACAUAUAAAGAAAAACCUCAGGGCAGAGCAAGGAUCAGACAAACUGAAAAUGUGAUUAUUUUUGCUGGAUGAGAGCCUGACAGACUACCAGAGCAAGGUCAAGUUCCUUUAAAUCAUGCUUUUACCUGCUUUGAAUGCAUGAUGGGAAGAUACAUCUUAUUUUAAAGGAGGAUACAGUUUAUUAACUGUCAUUUGUUAAGCUUUCUCCCCAUUCAGGUGAUUUUCAAGUGUGUCCAAUGCAGGUUGAAUCCAGCCAAUAAGCACUUACUGAUGCUAAUAAUAUGUAUGUAAAAGCCAUGGAGCUCUGUCUUAUCCAUAAAGUAGAAAGGAAAGGUAAUAGGUAUCUUCCAUUGCUUAUAGAACAACAGCCGGCCUAAGGACACAGCACCAACCUACUGAAGAUACAGCUAUACUUUGCUAUUGAGCAUUGCCUCUAAACAUCGCCUUCGCUUCACUGUACAAAACUGGCUUGUGUUUGUGCGUGUGUGUGCUCAGAUUCUGAUUCUGGUUAUUAUUAUAAACUUAUCUAAGUUAAAUGAGGCAUGAGAUACAUGACGAGUGUGCUACCAGCUAACUCUCUACUUUCCGUUGAGCUAUGGUUACAGUAGUGACCUUCUAUUAUAAUUUCAGAUUUUAUUAUCCUCCUCUGUGUUUAUAUACAGUGUGAUGUUUCUACACCAGAAUGUUGUAAAAUCAGCAAAUCCAUCAGAUUGUGUUUAUACAACCUAACAUUUGAAGAUUUAAAAAGCCAAUGUCACUAUCACAUGUGUACCUCCCAUCCCUCUGUCGUGGGAAAUGAAGGUUCAAUCAUGGAUUAUGACACAGCAAUGUCCCAUUUAUUUUGUUGUUUCAGUUUUACUUUACUCUCUUAUGGCAUAAGGUGAUUGCAGUGAGUUUCUUAAAAAAAAAGACAUGUAGUAAAAGGUAUAAUUAUGAGAAAAUGUUCAUAACACAAAAUAAAGUUGUUUGAAUUUAA